AUGUCUGCUUCCAGAAGGUCUAGUCCAAUUCCGUCCAUCCCAUCUACUCCUAUUACAUCUCCUCCCCAUCUAUCUACUCCAAUCCCUUCUCCUCCAAUUUCAUCCACUCCCAAUUUCUCACCCCUCGAUCAGUCUUCCCCUGGUCAUUCUCCUUCAAACGACUCUUACUCCGACGAUCCCGCUUACGUUGUGCGAUGGCCGUACGUCGACAUAUUACUUUUGAUCCACAGGAACAGGGCUUUUUACGAUACACCCGGCCUUCCAGCGAUCGAUCAUGCCACGGCAUUUGCAAGUCCACUUGAAAGGCAAUUCUAUCAACUGAUUUUGAGCUACCCGGAGACAGAAAUUGACAGGCAGAUUGAUGCAAUGGUUCGGCAACUCCUCGUCGCUGAAACUGUGGUAUCGCGAAACACAGUAGAGUGA